AUAUAUAGAGGUGUCGUUUUGUGUUGUCUUGUGGGCAUUCAAAAACUUGAAGCUCCCAUUCAUAAACAGUUCCAAAAAUAGGCAGAGGCUAUAAGGCUAAGUCUGAGAAGAUAUCAUAUCAUAUAUAUAUAUAUAUACAGUGCUAUUCAUCAGUGCAUCGCGCAAUAGAUAUGCUCUCCUCUCCAUACGCCUGCAAACCACGCCGUUGAAAGAUAGGAAAAAGAGAAUGCUGAGUGGUUUCUGAAGCAUUAUGGACGCCAGACAACGAUUAGACGAUGCAUACAAAAGAAAGCUACAGAGAAUCAAAGUGAAAGGUGUGGAGAAUCCUUUGAAACUCGUGAUCGCUGGCAAGGGCAGCAGCAGAUGCAAGAUCCACCCCCUGAAAUUAGUCCUGGCAAUCAUGGUGCUAGCAAGCUUUCUGUCUCUUCUUUCGUCCCCAACUGUGUGCCAAUCAAAUAGUGUAUCCCUCAAAGUUUCCCGGCAGCAUUUUGUUAACAGGUGGAUAUGGGGUGGGGGGCUGGAUGCACGUUACGAUGCCUCAGAUAUCAACAUCAACUGGGAAGAUAUUUCGUCUUUAUUAAACAAGUUACCCAAGGACAUCAAAGUCGAAGGCAUCGGCCUUCUGAACUUCAAAGAAUAUGAAAUAAAAAGCUGGAAGCAACUCAUUCCUGCUGCUGAUCAUUUUGUUCUCCAUCUUGACUAUGCUGACAAAAACAUGACUUGGGAAACUCUGUUUCCUGAGUGGAUUGAUGAAGAACAGGAAGAGGAGCUUCCCAGUUGCCCUUCUCUGCCCAAAGUUGAAGUUCCAAGGCAACGACUCGAUCUCAUUGCCGUAAAACUCCCUUGCAGAAAUGAAGGAAACUGGUCUAGAGACAUUGCUCGCCUGCAUCUGCAGAUCUCUGCAGCUACUUUAGCAGCCUCCUUCAAAGGAAAUUACCCGGUGCACGUGCUCUUCGUGUCGAGGUGCUUCCCUGUACCCAACAUGUUUACCUGCAAGGAUCUUGUCGUACGUCAAAAUAACACAUGGCUGUAUAAACCAAACUUGAAUGUGUUGCGCGAAAAGCUACAGCUCCCCAUCGGAUCUUGCGAGCUUGCACUUCCCCUCGGAGUUACUGCAGAAAGGGAUUACAACUCUGGCAAGAAGCAACGGGAGGCAUAUGCUACGAUUCUUCACUCAGCUCAUGUUUAUGUGUGUGGCGCGAUCGCAGCAGCACAGAGCAUCCGGAUGGCAGGGUCGACUAGGGACCUUGUAAUACUCGUAGAUGAAAUGAUCAGUGAUUACCACAGAAGUGGACUUGAGCUGGCUGGAUGGAAAGUGAGGACGAUAAAGCGUAUAAGAAAUCCUAAAGCCGAGAAAGAUGCCUACAACGAAUGGAACUACAGCAAGUUCAGACUGUGGCAGCUUACUGACUACAACAAGAUCAUUUUCAUUGAUGCAGAUCUGCUCAUCCUCAGAAACAUCGAUUUUCUGUUCGCAAUGCCCGAGAUCUCCGCAACUGGGAACAACGGUACAAUGUUCAACUCGGGUGUGAUGGUGAUAGAACCCUCCAAUUGCACGUUCGAGCUCCUAAUGGAUCACAUAAACGAGAUCGAUUCCUACAAUGGAGGGGACCAGGGGUACUUGAAUGAAAUAUUCACAUGGUGGCAUAGGAUACCAAAGCACAUGAACUUCCUGAAGAAUUUCUGGAUAGGCGACGACGAAACUGUAAGGCAGAAAAAAGUGAAGUUGUUCAAGGCAGAACCUCCAAUCCUCUAUGUCCUGCACUACUUGGGCAAUAAGCCGUGGAUGUGCUUCCGGGACUACGACUGCAACUGGAAUGUGGACAUACUGGAGGAAUUUGCGAGCGACAUUGCGCACAGCAAGUGGUGGAAAGUGCACGAUGGGAUGCCGAAACAGUUGCAGGAGUUCUGUCUGUUGGCGUCGAAGCAGAAGGCGCAGUUGGAAUGGGACAGAAGGCAAGCGGAGAAAGGGAAGUACCCGGAUGGGCAUUGGAAAGUAAGGAUAAGAGACGAGCGGAUGGGGAGAUGCAUCGAUCCAUACUGCGAUUGGCAGAGCAUGUUGCGACACUGGGGCGAGACCAACUGGACCGAGACCGACUUCCCGGUGCCGACGCCGCCUGCAUUAUCUUCUACUAGUAGUACUAGUACUAGUACUAGUUUGAGAUGAAGAUGAGGUUUGCGACCUACUUUACUAUUACUGUUACUAUGUAUCAUCGCCGGUAUAGAGAGAGUUUUUGCAUGGCCUUUGAGCGAUGGUACAACGUUACCUUUCUUUGUUGUUAUAAGACAAGAAGACACUAGUCAUAUUUUUAAGAUCCAGAGCAGAGUAUCAUGCUUCUUGUUUUGUUUAUCACUCUUGCAUCCUGUAUUUUUGUUUAAGCCCUAUUUCUACCUCAUCUACGCAUUUCUUUUUGUCUUAC